UAAAAAAGUAUAGAAUGGAACUGGAAUCCCAUGUUAUGCCUUAGUACAACACCCAAGCAGAAUUCACCAUGAGCGAUGAAUACGGUCGAACAGGCUUCAAAGAUUCUUUAGUCGAUGACUCUAUCAACCCAGAAGGAACUACCGUCGAUGAGCGAUUCAAGAACUAUCCCCCGGAGAAUGACACAACUUCUUCCGGCGGCUUCAGCACGACUCAAGAAGUGUGGUCAGAUAAAGCUCAACGGGGAAACGUUGAACCAUCCAAUGGGCUCAUAGAUCAGUCACUGAAUGGGUCAAAUUUGAAGAACGAGCUUCAGGAUGCAAAUCAAGGCAAAGAUCAAUAGGGAUAACGCGCUGAUGACGCACAUAGCAUACACUGUAUCGCAUAUAUUCCACAAUGUCCAGUACCCUCCAUGUCCAUCAUAUAAAGAUAGCAAGCCACCCAAUCCUGCGAAGUGAUCCUGACUAACAUAGCACACAUAAGUGACUCAUGGAAAAGAUGCCAUCGAGGCGGCUAUAUCUAACAUUUUCUGUCAGUCG